UGGCACACGCGUGCAUCUUUCAACUCCCGCACACAAUAGAAGGAAAUUAAGCUGCAGUCAACUACCGCUGCUGCUGUUGUUGUUGUUGUUGUUGUUGUUCUUGUUGUAGGAGUAGUAGUAGUAGUAGUGGUUGUUGCGGGACAGGUAGACAAAAGGAAAAGCCGACAGAUCGAACGAAUAAGCGAGCGAUCCUCGUCGACAAGUUGUUGACACACGUACGCAACAAAGGGCAAUUGUCAAUUAUUUAUCAACUAGAGUUUGCGUUAUGACCACCAGCACUUGGUCCAAUCAUGCAUAGUGCUACCAUGCUAUGCCAUUACUCAUUGGAAAACUUUUCUAACGCUCUAAAAAUAGUGCUCAGAGAUCAUUGAAGUGGGGAGCAUUGUCCGCAGCAGACGUAAAAUCGGCUUAAGCGAUGAGUGAUCAAUUGCUAAGUGCCGCUGCGGAUGAACCGCCUGCACUCCUGGCCACACCUGUGCCUGUGUCCACUGCUUAUUCGGAUGUUGAACCCACAGAGCAGCCCGUAUUGCUAGAGCUUGGACCAGCAGCAAGUUUGAACUAUACCAUCUCAGCUGAUGGCGCUGGUCUCUUGACUUAUCAUGCGCCACCAGCAACAGCUACACAUCAACAUAGCUACUCGCCAACUUAUGUGACCAGCUAUGAUAAGCCAGCACCUGCCCAGCACAGUCUCAGUCUGAUGCCACCCACUAUAUGCAAUCCGGCGUAUAGUAUAAGCAUUCCUCAGACUGUGUCCAUGUGGAAUGGCGUCGGCGCACACCAUGACAAUAAGCGCAGCGAGCUCGUUUCCGUGCCCCCACCAACAUACAUGACGUAUAGCAGUGGCAGCGCUAUUGAAGUCGACAUCGCCAAGGAGCACAAUCCCGCAUGGCGUGAGAAAGCCUUGCAAAUGGAAAAGGACUAUCGUAGAACGGCAUGUGAUCGCGAGCGCACUCGCAUGCGUGACAUGAAUAAGGCGUUCGAUCUGCUGCGCUCCAAGCUACCCAUCUCCAAGCCCAAUGGUAAAAAGUACUCAAAAAUUGAAAGCUUACGCAUCGCCAUCAACUAUAUAAAUCAUCUUCAGGCCAUGUUGCGCGAGAAUCACCCCUUACCCGACACUGAUUUGGGUACGUUUAAGUGCAGCAGCCGUUCGGCUCACUACGAAAGCCACAGUCAACACCCUAAUCUCUCCGCCGGCUAUGAUUAUGACAAUGGUAACUCGGCGGCAACUUCUUCGCAAAAUGGUUGCACCUGGAGCGGAGGCAGCAGUAGUUCGCCUAGUUAUGAGCCCAACACUAAGGAGCACUGGCAAACGUAGUUAUCAUUGCUUAACUAUAGAUAACAAAGAUAUCUUUGCUGAGCUAAUGUGUUAGAUGUAUGUACAUAUAUAAAAUGUGUUUG